AUGCUGCAUGAUACGCAUGAACGUAGAGUGCUAAUGUCACAAUUUGCACUUCGAGCGUUUGUGAGUGUUGCGGACAAGGCGUACAAGUCCGACUUGGCACAAGAUGCUGUUCCCAUAAUGCAGGAUAAAGGAAUGGCACUUUCGAGUGAGCUUUACAGCAAUGUACUGAAGGCCUGUGGCAAGAAUGAAAGGUGGAGCGAUGUUCUGGAAUUUUUGAAGUCAAGCUCGAUGACAUGUCUGACGAACAUUAUUGCCACGAAGUUGCUUGAGACGAUGGCAAAUCAUAACCGCAUUGACGACUGUCUGGAGAUGCUGGACUCUUUCAAGGAACUUCUGAAGCCGACUGCCCGCGUGGCUGCAUUCAGGGCCUUGAUUGCUGCGAUGAAGUUCGAGGUAGUCAUGAACGUUAUUGAUCGUGUACGGAAACAAGGCAAGUACAUCAGCAUCGAGGACUAUAAAAAGAUUCAAGAGUGCUUCGAACACGAUGAAAAUUGGCGAUUGACAAUUCAGUUGCUGCCUUCAGUGACGCGGGACAGCUUUGGUUGA